UCGCCGAUCCUUCGUCACGCAAGGGACAGAGCUCCGACGUCUCAGUCUGCGACUUGUGGCCACAAAAAAAGCGAGUGUCCUAGAACAAACCCCGACUCUCUUCUUCAUCAUCACAUUUUCGUACAUAUUACUCUCUAUCUCUCUCUCUGUAACGCACGCGUUUAAUCACCGUGAGCAAUCUCUCUCUCUUUCUCAGAGGAAGCAGAUUUUAAUCCAUUAGCGGUUGUUGUUCCCCAUUUUCUCUUGUUCAUUAUGCUUUCACGAACAGCGUCAUGAUCGACCUCCAUUGAUUGUGCUUCUCCUAGCCUUCUGUUACGAAACCUAAGCUCCACAAUGGCUUGCUUUCAGAUGACAAAGCCUUCUUUGUCUCCUUUGCUUUGGUGCAAAUCCAACUGCUUUUGCUCGGAGCACCAUAACGUUCACAUACGUUUGUAUUCUAGGGUUUUACAUGCGAGGUUCAGAGGGUCUUUGACUGUUCGUUGCAAGCUCUCAGAGGACAAUAGUGACUCUAAUGGUGAGGAGCCUCCAGAAUCAUUGUUCAUGAAGGAGUUGAGGAAAAGGGGUUUGACUCCUACAUCACUCCUUGAAGACAGCGAGAACAGCUCUUAUGGUCCUGGAGUGGAUGAUAUGAAAGUGAAAGAAAAGAACGUGAGCCUGAGAAACAGAUUGACUUCAACAGAGAUUGACAAGAGUCUAGCAAACCAAAGAGAGCGAUCUAUUGCCCUCAAUAGUGAAGGUCUUGAGGGUCUGAUUCCAAGAGCAAAGCUGUUACUGACUCUCGGUGGAACUUUUUUUCUUGGUUUUUGGCCUCUAAUUCUUGCGACAGUCGCUUUCUUUUCCGCUUUAUAUAUUUAUUUUGGACCCAGUUUUGUCCACGAUGCAACGAAGACUCCUGUGCCUCCACCAUAUGUUGAUCCCUAUAAACUAUUGGAGGAUGAACGACUUUCUCGCUCGGAUCAUCUUGUGAAUUGAAUUGGAAAUUGUAUAAAUUGGAUUCCUUGAAAUGUUGAUAUCAGCUCUAUUUCUUUGGGCAAUAUUUUUUACUAUUUGUGUAAUAUUCUCAGCAUCUGUUACCUCUAGAUAUCCAUGACGGAGUAUAACUACCAGGAUUUUGGUUUUUAUCUUUCACUUCCUUUUGGUUGUUAAUUGGCUGCCACGGCAUGCAUGUAAUAUGGUAUCCAGUAGUCCAUUCUUUCAUGGAUUCUACUGUUGUUAAAAUUAAAAUUCUUUGAGAUAAUUAUUAUUCUUGUCAGGUGGCGUAAUUUUAGCAGAAAUAUUAUGUGUUGACAUUGGCAUAAUUUUAAUGGAACUGUACUUGAGAUA